GAUUGACGUUCCAUUCCAAGAUGGCCGACAUGCCGCUUGUUCCAUGAUAGAACAGAAUCGUAAGAAUACGAUAUUUAGGUGUGUCUAUUUAAAUAUCGAACUAGAAUGUCUCCCGAACUUUUGAUUAAUAUUUUAUACGAAUAUUCCGAGUAUGUGAAACCGCUUCCCCGCGUUACGUGCGCUAGAUUUAGGUAACGUUUGUGCCGGAACAUAUGCACUAAAACUGAUCGAAAUCGUGUUUUCUGUGUGUCGUGUACCAUAGGUCUUCUGGUUUAAUGUUAAAUUAAAAUGUGGAAUAUGAUGUGCGACGUGAUGCCUACGAUAUCGGAGGACAGUAUCAGCCAGCGGAGUUCGCAGGUCUCCGGGGAGGAUGCGAACUUUGAGCAACUGAUGGUGUCUAUGUUAGACGAACGCGAUAAGUUGGUUGAGAGUUUGCGAGAGACUCAGGAGCGGCUCGGUGACUCGGAACUGCGCCUCAAGGAAGUGGAAAAGGAGAGAGAUGCCCUUCAUAGACAGAUCGCCGCCAACCUACCACAGGAGUUCGCGGCCCUCACGAAGGAGUUGAAUCAAGCGCGAGAACAGCUCCUAGAGAGGGAAGAAGAGAUCUCCGAGCUCAAAGCGGAGAGAAACAAUACCAGGUUACUGCUAGAGCAUCUAGAAUGUCUGGUGUCGCGACACGAGCGCUCGUUGCGCAUGACGGUGGUGAAGAGGCAGGCGGCGGCACAGUCCGGGGUCUCGUCAGAGGUGGAGGUGCUCAAAGCUCUCAAGAGCUUAUUCGAACAUCACAAAGCUUUAGACGAAAAGGUUCGAGAACGACUACGCGUCGCGUUAGAGAGGAAUACAGCCUUAGAGGAAGAAUUGGCGUUAACCAAAGAAGAAUUGCAGCAGUACAAGUCGUCGAGCGCGCAGGACAGCGAGAAGCCGAAGGAGAACGGGACCGCGCCGACCGGCUCCCCCGACCAGAAUGGCGAGCAGCCGCAGACUAAGGAACAAACAGUGAACGGCGAAACGGAAAGCUGCCGGAAAAUCACUGAUCUACAAAACACGGUCGCCAAACAGUCCGCCGAACUCAGUUCGUGGCAGCGUCGCGUCGCGGAGCUGAACAACAAAGUGUCUGAACUCGAGGAGAGACUGUCCAAAGGGGAGAAGGAGCUCGUCAAGAAACAGGAGGAGUGCGUGAAGCUGCAGCGCGACCUGCGCGAGAACGUCGCCCAGAAAGAGGACCAGGAGGAGCGAAUAACAACUUUAGAGAAGAGGUACCUUAACGCCCAGCGCGAGUCGACCUCACUGCACGACCUCAACGAGAAGCUGGAGCAAGAGCUGCAGCACAAACAGGCGCAGCUUAAGCUCCAGGAGGAGAAGAUAGCCGCCAUCGAGGAGAAACUGGAGUUGUCCACGCAGAAGCUCGCCCAGAUGUCCUCGCUGCCGGAAAUGGAAGAGCAGCUCAAAGCCAGAAUGGAAGCCCUGAGCCAGAAACUUCCCUCGCAGGCGCAGGAGCGCCACGGCUCGGCCGAGGACAGGAUCCAGCGGCUGGAGGCCAGUGUCGAGGAGAAGAACGCGGAGCUGGUGCGCCUCAACCAGCGCCUCCGCAUGAACGAGGAGCACAACACGAGACUGUCGGCCACCGUCGACAAGCUGCUCUCCGAGUCAAACGACAGAUUACAAGUCCACUUGAAAGAACGGAUGCAUGCGUUGGACGAGAAGAACGCCCUCACCCAGGAGCUGGAGAAGACUAGAAAGUACGCCGACGAGCUGAUGGCGGAGAAGCAGGAGAUCCUCAAGGAACUGGCCAAGUGGAGAAUGGAGACUGAACAACUGAAGCGACAAAUGCUGGAACAAGAGAUAGCGUUUAACAUACAGCAGACGGACGCGCUCACCCGCUCCCUGUCCCCCGGCGCCCCGCAGCCGCCCCAGGGACUCUUCGGAGCCAAGCUGGACGGCUCCUGGGAGAAGCUGCAGCAGGCGCACGUGCUGGCCAACGUACAGCAACAGUUCGACGUCUCCAGCGACGCGGAGAACGAUGAAUCCGACGGCGGCGUGGAGGGCGGACACACGGACGCCGCGGCCCUGGCGCUCAUGCUGCAGGAGCAGCUCGACGCCAUCAACACCGAGAUAAGGCUCAUACAGGAGGAGAAGCAAAGUACUGAAGCGCGCGCUGAAGAGCUGGAGUCCAGGUCGGACUUCCCGCGCCCCCCGCAGGUCGGCAGCUACGAGCACAUGAACGUGGUGUCGCGCCGCAGCGACUCUCCCCCGCCCGCCGCCUCCCCCUCGCGCCCCCACCUCGCGCCGCACCACAAGUUCCACACCGCGCCGGCGGCGAUGUCCCCCGCGCACUACCGCGCGCCGCCCCCUCCCCCCGCCGCCGACAGCCUGCCCGCCAGCCAGGUGCGUCGGGACCACACCCCGCUCUACUUGCAGCUGUGCGAGGAGAGCGCGGUGUCGCUGGGCGGGGUGGCCGCGGGGUCUGAAGGGGCGGAGUCUCCGCUGACGGCGCGCUCCCUGCGCCUGGAGCGGGCGGCGCGGGCGCUGCACGCCGAGCGGGAUCGUCUGCGCGCACACUAUCAACCGCCCUAUGAUUCCUCGAGCCAGGAGUCCCUGGGGGCCGCCGCGGGACCGUGGGGCGGAGCGCCGCGCGGCGUCACGUCCGCCUCCUCCGCCGUCUCCAUCGCCUCCAUGCACCAGCAGAAGAAACGCGGCAUCAAGAGCUCACUCGGGAGGCUGUUCAGUAAAAAGGAGAAGGGGGGAUUACCGUGUCCGCAGGGGCAGGGGUCGCGCUCGCUGUCGUCCGCGUCGUCGCUGGGGCUGUCCUCCCUGGCCGACGACGCGCCCCCCUCCGACCUCGCCCACGUGCCGCUCCAGCACCAGGAGUACACCAGGUCUAAGUCCAAGGACCGCGACUACCGCCACGAGCUGCUGGGCGAGGCCAUGCGGGCCGGCACGCCCUUCGCGCUGUGGAACGGGCCCACCGUGGUGGCGUGGCUGGAGCUGUGGGUGGGCAUGCCGGCCUGGUACGUGGCCGCCUGCCGCGCCAACGUCAAGUCCGGCGCCAUCAUGUCCGCGCUCUCCGACCAGGAGAUACAGCGGGAGAUCGGCAUCAGCAACCCGCUGCACCGGCUGAAGCUGCGCCUGGCCAUCCAGGAGAUGGUGUCGCUGACGUCACCGUCGGCGCCCCGGGGCACGGCCUGCGCCGCACUCGCCUUCGGGGACAUGAACCACGAGUGGAUCGGGAACGUGUGGUUGCCCUCGCUAGGUCUGCCGCAGUACAGAACUACCUUUAUGGAGUGCCUGGUCGACGCCCGCAUGCUGGAGCACCUCACCAAGCGGGACCUGCGGACACAGCUCAAGAUGGUCGACAGCUUCCACAGGACGUCGUUGCACUUCGGCGUGGCGUGCCUGAAGCGCGUGGGGUACAGCGUGCGCGCGCUGGAGGAGCGGCGCCGGGCGGCCGAGGGGGGCGGCGCGCGGGACGUGCUGGUGUGGACCAACGAGCGCCUGCAGCGGUGGCUGCACCACAUCAACCUCAAGGAGUACGCGAACAACCUGUCGGAGAGCGGGGUGCACGGCGCCCUCAUCGCGCUCGACGACAGCUUCGACGCCAACAGCAUGGCGCUGGCGCUGCAGAUCCCCACGCAGAACACGCAGGCGCGGCAGAUCCUGGAGGUGGAGUUCGCAAAUCUACUGACCACCGGCACCGACCGCGCCGCCCGCGUGCACCACGACCACGCUGCCUCCUGACACAACGUCAUCAACUAGGCCGCGUCGCCCGGGGACAUCUGCAGACCGACUGUACAUACUCGAGGACCCUGAGGGCCGUGCCGUACUGGACAACGACAUCUACUGACGAAUGUAGAUACUACAAGACAUGAACGGCUGUACAACGCCCUCUAUCGAUAUAGUGUGAACACUCGAGGAAACUACGGCGGGACUACUGAACAACGCCAUCUACCGAUCGACUUAACGUAUUUCAAUACAUUGACAACAGCGGCAAUGUACAUCUACCAGCCUAGUGCAGAAACUUUAGGAAACAAUACUAGAUAGGGAUGGGCUAUUUGUUUUAAAAUACAAUAAUGUUUGUUAUUAAUGUACUUUUAAUCUUUGUGAUGAUCUAGCCCGGCAUAACUUUACCCUUUGGACAUGACCUGAAUUGUCACACCGUGGCUGGGGCGAACUGGAUGGCAGCUCAGUACAUUAUAACUGUUUUGUUUUCUCUUUAUUAUUUCAAGCAUAUUAUGCGAUUACUCUAUACAUUUCAUUUACCUCUACUUUGAUUACUGUCUCACCAUCACCCAAUCUCAAUUUAAAAAACCGUUCAAAUUCCAAACUAACCACGAUUUUAUCUUGAAAUCCUGUUCCCUCUGUAAACUAGAAGUAAUUGUUUUAAUGAAUUUCAUUCUAAACGUUUACGCCCUUAAUAUUUUUCGAUGAUUUUAGUGAAAUAAUUUUAAAAUAAUUGAUUUAUUUAUACAAACUUAUCAUAAAACAAGUAGCCCUUACAAAUUUGAUUAAGAAUUAUUAAAAAAUCGACGCGUGUUAAUUAAAUUUAUAUUCUGUUGUUCUGUAAACAAAAGUAAUGUGUUUUAAAAGCCCAUUAAGAAAAUGUUGAUAUUGUAGAUAAUUGAUAAAAGAUCUUAGUUCGCACAAAUUGACCGCCACGCCCCGCCCCGACCCGCCACGCUACGCCACGCCACGCCACGCCCCGGCCGCGCCCCGCCGCGCUCGGUCGGCUUAUGGCGUUAGCAAACGGAAUCUUAACAAUAUAGUGAGUGGUCAACGGGCAAACUAAACUUUACAGUGUUUGUGAUAGCUCAAACCUUUUCACUGUGAAGGCGCUGAAAUGUAGUCUUUGUGAAAGUACCUUAAUGAUUUUGGAAUCAGCGGCGCGCCUUUAUCAUUAUAAAUACAUUUAAAUAUAGUCUUUCUGUUAAGCAAUCUGACGCCAACUAUAUUAAACUGAAAUCAAUCUUAUAAAGCACAAUCAACUGAAAUGAUUGUUGUAUUGUUGUUCACAAAUUAUCUAAUUUUAACGAACCAUAUGCAUUUAAUAUUAUAUAAAUUAACCGUUCUUGGUAGAAAUCAUUUCAGGCUAUGGGCUUAAUCUGUUAAAACGACUCAUUAAAGCUCAUUAACAUGAUAACCCAGUAAUUAAAAUAUUUACACCAUUAAAAUGGCAGUAUAAAAUAAUUAAAUAAAAAUGAAUGUAUUCCUUUUUUUAUACAUUUUAUUUAGCAAAUGUAUUGGUUAUCAAAUAAUAUUUAAUUCCAACUGUGUUGCCAUAUUCACGAUCGAUCUGGUAGCACUGAUGGCAUAUGAGAAAAACAGUAAUUAUGUUUAAGUAACUUUUAAGUGGAAAUGUCUCGCUUAUAUCACACAUAUUGCAUCACUAUUAUAUUAUGAUAAAACAACAGUACUCUUUCGUACAGUUUUCGACAUUACCUGUAUACUUAAUCAAAUCUACAAUUUCUAUCGUUACAAAAGCAUAUACAUAUAUACAAAAAUAGUAUAUAGAACAAUGGUCAUAAUAUGUUUAUAUAACAGGGCGCGAUGAACCUAUAAAUUUUAUAUUAAAUGUUCAUUCAAAGGAAGGAAAUGUUGUUUUCAAAUAACUCUGUAGGUCGUUGUUGCGCUCAGCAGCCAAAUAUUAGUCACGCAAAAUACCUACGACUAUUGUACUGACGCGACGUCAGCAUGACAUGUGUCAGUGUGACAGAUGUCAACCGCCUAAUGAUCGACCCAGGUGGAAGUGUGUCGGGAGAGAUUAUGUACUUUUGAGGUUUAUGAACUGGUGUAAAGUUAUUUGAAAUCAUAUUCCAUCGUUGUAGUUUCGCCUGUUUAGUAACGUGUAAGAGUAUAAUAUUAUAGAUCAUUUUUAAUGGUUUUUUGUACGCGGUCGUUUAUCGAGCUGUAAACAAUACGCGCUUUUUGAAGUUGGCCUUUUAUAAGAAUUAAGAGUCAUUUAUUUUUAAUUUCAACUUUUAUGUAAAUUUCUCAUAGUGAUAUAUCAAACCUCGCCGUGUCUGGGUGGGUGUUUACAGACUCCGCGAUGGAUUUAACUACUCGUAACGAGUAGUUUUGAAAAAGCAUGAAACACUACUUUUAUUCCUACCGCUAACGAUUAAGUUGAAGCUAACUGAAAGCGCGUUUAUUGUCAGUUGGAAUGUAUUCUGUGUACCAAGUGCCUCCCCAAGGCGUGUAUAUAUAGCUUUACGUAGAAGUGUGCCUCCGGUUAGUCGGCUCGUGUAUCGGCUCGCGUGUCGGCUCAUGUGUCGGCUCGCGCGUCCACGCGCGUUGCGUGCGCUUGUUCCGGGCAACGUUACACAAGAGCAAACAAUACUAGUCUCGUGUACAGUUUUAUGACAUUUAAAUAUAUAUAUAUAUAUACGAAUCGAUCAGCUGAUAUAGUGCAUAGUAAUUUAUAUUUUUGUUAAACUUGUACACGUACGCAGCUGUCUCGUUUGACAGUGACAAUUGUGACAGCUGUCAUCGUAAGUGGAACGCCUAGCUUUUAUUAAUCGCAUUCGUUUUACGACAGUUAUGUUUAUUGAAAAAUUUUAAUAUAUUAAAUGACAAAAGCCUAGAUGGUUUCAACUAUUCUAUAGAUUAUUUUUAUUUACAUAUUAUUAAAUGAUUUUAUUUAAGUUUUGUUAAUUUAUGAUAUGUAAUUAUUUAAGAGGAGCCUGUCGUGUGCAACGCUUGCGACUUAAUAAAUAACAGUUGUAUAGCUAACUUAAUUGAUAAACAAAUAAUUCGAUGGAAUCUAUAAUAAUAAUUAGCGUACGAUAUAAAAUGUAAAUAUGUUUCUAUAAAAUAGCGUUUCUACUGUAAUACGAUGUAGCAAUAUGUAGCUAGAAUGUGUUCAAACUGUUAGAUGUUUUUUUUUUUUUUUUUAAUAUAAAAUAAUAACGAUUUAUUUAUGAAACUUAGGACAUAUUAUUUAAGUGUACAUGGUCGUUGCAAGUGGAGCUGCCCGCGGGCCGAACUUGCGAACAGUAUUAGUAAAAUUUAGGUGAAAUUGAUCGUGUGGCCGCCCGGCAUUCUCGUAGGAUUAAAAUUUAUACGCGUUUUUACUUUAAUAAUAAUAAUGAAAUGUUAUCCAAUAGUCAAUGUGUGUACAGGGAGCUUCGUGCUUCGCGUCUUCGAUAGUUAACUAUUGUCUUGAAAACAUCUAUGUAUUUAUUAUUCCUAACAAUUUCACAUACUUAAUGUAACCAGUUAAUAUUUGGCAAGUACUACUUAAAAAUUCCAUUGGCAUUUUUCGUGAAGGAAUAUUGUAAUGUUACGCCCGGGCGUCCUCUGCGGGCGUUGGCUUCAGCUAUGUUACUUGUUUUGGUUUCGUUGAUAAAAAAAACGAGAUGUAAAUCUCUCAUAUCAUACACACGUCGUCUGUUCCGUAGAGUGAAUGCAGUGCGGCGCCGCGCGGGCCCGCUCGUGACGUCACCACUGCACUGCACCUAUGUACAUACACGAGUUCAAUUACCGAGGGACUGCAAUUAGCAUCCCUGCAACUUGUAUUUUUAGUGUCGGGAUGUCCGUAUUGUAAACAAACCUCCACAAGUGCCAACGAAUCGAUAGCUGUGUGUGUGCCACGGCUGUAACUCUGUAACAUUCCGACGUGCCGUCUCGCGGCGAUUCAGAACAAUGUUCAUUCUAUCUCAUUCUCGCGCAGGCUUAAUCCAAUAUGUCUGUCUCUUUUUAGUGUCGUUUUUUCGUUUCGUCAAAUUUAAUAACACAACGGUGCUAACGAUAUAUAUAUAAAAUUUGUAGUUGCUUUUUUUUUGACAAAUCAAUGAAAUGGUUUAUCUUGUAGGCUCACAAGAUAUCGUUAUGAAGAUUGUUCUGGAAGUCGCGGAGACGCGCGCACGUGCACCCGGUCGUUCCCCAACAGCUCCUCGCGGCUCGCGCUACCAAAGAUAGAGUUACCUUCACGUUAAAUUGUAAAAUAAUAGUUAAGAAAAGUUUUUUUAAAUGUUCAAAUGUAUAUAAUUUCGUGUUAAUGUGUUGAUAGAUUGAGUAUAAAUCCUACGCGGUGACAUUCCAAGCUUCCCUCGUCGAUAUAGCUUCGCCCUCGAGUUGCGGUGUUUAGUGAAAAUGUUAUCACGUUCAGCGAGAGUGAGGACGGAUAUCUGUGUCUCGUUUUUUGAAAAAUUAAAUUGUUAAUGUAGUCUGUGUUUAUUUUGACCAAUGUAAUCUGUACCACUGUGUAACCUUUGUAAAAAUAUUUAUCAAAACAUGCGAUGACGAAACAAGUUAUGCAUUGAUAAGAGGUAAAUACAAUUUACACCAAA